AGUUUUAUUUAUGUUGUUGUUUUUUGGUUUUUCCAAUUGUUUUAAUUUUUUUUCAUAUUAUGUUUGAUUAUGCUGUUCAGUUGAAGAUAAAAAACAUGCGUCCUACUGAUGAAGAGAGGCAGCAGCUUCAACUUGACGGUCUAUUUAUCGAUGAAUCUAUUGAUGAACGUGGUGUAGCGAAGCAAUCCUUCGAGGGUGGGUCAUCUUCAAAGAAGUCUGAUUCAGCAGAUAUUGAUUGGAUGAAAUCUAAGCUGGAGAUGCUCAUUUCGAAUCAAUCAUCAUUGGCCGAGGACUUCAUUUCGUUGAGGUGUUUUGUUGAUUUUAAUUUCAAAUCCGUAAUGACUGUAAUUAAGGAUAUCCAAGAGAAGGUUAAUGCCAUUCAUCGUCGUCCUUCUGACGAGGUAUUUAUUCUUAUUUUAUUGUUUAGGUUUUUUUAUAUUUUUUUUUGUAUAGUUUCUUUACUGUUUUAUUUAAGUUUCAUUUAUGUUGGUUGAUACAGGGAAAGUCAUCGGAUGAAUUAGUAACUCAAGAUUCUGAUGAUGAUGCUGAUGAUGAUGAUGAUGAUGAUGAUGAUGCCGAGGAUGAUGAGAAGCAAUUGCCUGAUCCAGAAAAUAUUGAUUCCGACUCCGACGAUGGUGGUGAGUUGGUUAAAGUUGGUGGGGAUGCUGAUGAUGCUGACAAGGCUGUUACUGCUGUUCCUUCUGCUGAUGUGAAUCCUUCUGAGGAUGUUGGAGGGAGUGAUAAAAAUGUUAAGGAUGUUGAGAAGCCGAAGGGCGAUGAGUCUCGAUUGAAGGGGGACGAUUUCUUUGAUGGGUUGAGCCAGCUUGUAAUAGAUGAUGAUCAAGUUGUGUUGGCUGGCUUGGAGGCUGUUGCUAAAAUCAAUGUAAGUUUACUUUUAAUUGUUUUCAAAAAAACUAGGUUUCUUUUUGGUUGCUCAUUAGUUUCUAGUAUGUUUUGCAACUGUUUUAAUGCAUUCUUUAUUUUUUAGGUCCCCGCACCCAAUCCAGAUGUUGUUGGUGAAAAGUCAGAUGCCCUUCAUACUGAUGAAGAAACUGAGGAUACUGUCUCUGAUACACCUCUGUUGGAUAAGAGGAAGCGUGCUCGGCCUUGAAAUCUCCAUUUGUUGAUUUCGGGUCUGCUGAUGUCGGGAGCACUCCAAUGGAGCUUAUGUCCUCAGGUUCUCAAUCAGUUGGGGAUGAUAGGGAUUUCAAAAUGGUGACUUAUGUGAAGGGCCUUUAUGCUCUUAAUGAUGCUUUUGCUGAUCCCGUAUCUACCGAGAUUGAGGCAAAAUUUGACUUUUGGAUUGGUGAAGGAUUGCUUAAACAUCCCAGGCAUUAUAAUUGUUAUGAAGACGGCGCAAAGAAAUUUACCCCGGGUUUUAGGCUAGGUGUUGAUUAUGUUGAGGAUAAAACUUGGUUUUACCAUUUGGCCACAUGCGACAUGUUUAUGAACGACUCGCAUAUGAACACCAUAUUCUAUUACCUUCGGAAAAAAAGGUAAGUAUUCUUCCGCCGUGACGUUGAAUUUCGCAACUACUUUUGAUUGUCUUUUUGAUGAUUCCAUCCAAGCAUUGUACCACAAAUUUAACAAGGCCAAGUCAAUGAAGACUAAGAUGUCACACAUUCACGCUGCCCACCCAAUUGCGCAUUACAUCCGAGGUAUGCGCAUUCCUUGUUCCAAGCCUUGGUAUGAAGCCGAUCACGUGCUUUUCAUCAUCAAUUUAAGAAGGGAAAGUCAUUGGGUUUUUGGGCGUCUUGACGUGAACGAAGGGACGUUAUUUCUGUACAAUUCUUUGAGAACCGCGAAGAUGAAUGCCGCAGCUAGGAAUGCGAUGAAGGCUUAUUCCGUGUUGCUGCCUUUGUUUUUCGAUUUACUUGGGUUCUGGAAGAAUAGAGCACAAGCUCCUGCCUCAGUUUCUGACCCUACAGCUCCAUUCAGAAUCGUGGAGCUUAGUGGUCUUGCGUCUCAGCAGAAGAAUGAUUGUGGAGCAUAUGUUGCUGCCUUUGCUGAAUUCUUUAUACACGGAAAGGAUGUCCCUGCAGACUUUGACAUCGAAGUUUAUCGAACCCGACUUGCUUCACUUUUCUACUCGUACGGACAAAGGAAAAUUGACGAAAGUAUUGACAGCGAGGAUGAGAAGCAAACCAAGUCUUCUAAGGCAUCUAAAUUGAAGAAAUAGGAUCUUUUAAUUUGGUGGCUCUAUUCUGUUAUUUGUUGAAUCUAUUUACUUGACAAGUUUUAGUGUUGUUGUUUCAAUGUAGGUAUUAUAUUUGAUUUUAUACUAUGUAGCUGGUUUAAAACUUUUAGGAUAUUUGACAUUCACUCCUUAUAAUAUCUUUAUUGUAUAGGUUUGUAUUUCCCAAAGUUGUGUGUUUUUUUAAUUGUUCAAGUUCUUAUAUAAGGUCGCACAACUAUGGAGAAACUAUUAACCAACUAAAUACAAACUAUGUUUUCAUUUUUCCUAAAUAGUGCUAUGAAUGUAUAUUUAUUCUUCGUA